AUGUCAGCCACAAAGUACUCGCUUGACCCAGUUCUCCAGCCAAUGGAGACAAGGGAAGAGGGUCAGAUAUUUGAGACGACACAGCUUGAUCGCAAUCGGUUUAAUAUUUGGAGCACCAUCGGUAUCCAAUUUUCGGUUAUUGCACCACCACUUGCAAUUGCCAGCUAUACCACACUCAUAACCGGGGUCGGAGGCAGUGCUUUCUAUUUCUGGGGAUUCCUAGUUGCAGCAAUUGGCCAAACACUCGUGGCUAUAAGCUUGGCAGAACUCGCGAGUGCCUAUCCGCAUACUUCUGGUAAGGCCUAG